AUGUGCUGGAAUGACCGGUAUGGACCCUUCGAAGGGGCAGAGGCCAUCUCCACCUGGCGCAUCAGCCUCCUUCGAACCCACCAGCAAUUUGAUUACAACACCAUCGGAGACGUCGUGCUUCACCUGCGCUACACAGCCUUUGGCAGUGGCGGAUCAUUGGAGAAGAAUGCCUUCGCGUCCGUGGACGCUUGGGUCAAACAGUCCCCGGACGUGAGCCGAGAAUAUGGAAAAGGGGCGAAUGUCUUUGCGAUCGACCUGAAGAACGACUACCUGUCCGAAUGGUGGCGAGUCGCUUCCACCGGCUGCAUGACACUGCAUCAUAUUGAUCAACGGCUCCCGUUCUGGGCGCGCAGAGGACGAUUCACGUCCGAGAACAUAUCCCUACUCAUCACCCCCGAGCCGAGCGCGCCUGGAGAUAUAAAGAUAACGAUACCGGGACAGGCGGAUAUCCAUGGAGCAGAGGACGGAAAACUGGGGGAUUACUUCAAGUUUACGUUCCCUGGAAAGCCUGUUGCUGAAGCGAGCACGCCUUGGACGAUGCAUAUCAAGAGUGACAGGGACGGAUUUUAG